AUGAGUGAAAAAGGGCGUCGCAAACGCAGUUCCAGCGUAGAGCAGCUGGACGAGCAAAGCGGUUCACCGAAGGAAAAAGAUGCCGUCGACGAAACACCGAAGGACGGCGACGGCGACGGCGACGAGUGGAUUGGGCCACUUCCUUCGGCCGCCGCACAACCGAAGAAAAGGAAAGUACUGGAGUUUGAGAAGCUGUACGUUGAGAACUUGCCCGAUGCAGAGUGUUACGAGAAGUCGUUCAUGCACCGAGACACCAUCACGCAUUUGGUCGCCACGAAGACCGAAUUUAUUGUUACCGUGAGCCAGGAUGGACACGUAAAGUUUUGGAAGAAGAUGGAACUGGGCAUCGAAUUCGUGAAACACUUCCGCAGCCACCUGGCACCGAUCGUUUGUUUGGCGGUUAAUAGUAGUGGCACCUACCUCUGCACGGCGUCCGUCGACAAAAGCAUUAAAAUAUUCGAUGUGGUCAAUUUCGAUAUGAUCAACAUGUUGCAGUUUGACUACGUGCCGUACCGUGUCGAGUGGGUCCACGGUAUGGGUGAUGUUAUAAGCUACUUGGCCGUUGCUGACCAGGACACACCCACCAUUCGGAUCUACGAUGGCAAAGGAACAAACACUGCGCUGCACACCCUUGAUAAACUGCACACAAAACCGGUCGUAAUGUUGCGUUAUAACCCAACCUUUGAGGUGACCGUUUCCAUUGACAAAGCCGGCAUUCUGGAGUACUGGUACGGGCCGCGGCACGACUUUAAAUUUCCCACCAAACUGGUGCACUUUGAGUCGAAGCUCGACACCAGCCUGUACGAGUUUGCGAAGAAUAAAACGAUCGUCACUUCGCUUAGUUUCGGUGCGGACGGUAAGAAAUUUGCAACCAUUUCCACGGAUCGGCAAGUGCGCGUGUUCGGCUUUCUGAGUGGCAAACUGCUCCGCGUGUACGACGAAAGCCUAGCGCGCUACAGCGAAAGUCAGCAGUUGUCGCAAACCCUUUCAAACAUGGAGUUUGGCCGGCGAAUGGCGAACGAGCGCGAUCUGGAAAAAUCGGACGCGUUUGCGCAUACCAACGUCGCGUUCGAUUGCAGUGGCCACUUCAUUAUGUACCCCACGAUGUUGGGUGUCAAGCUGGUCAACAUUGAGACGAACCGUUGUGCGAAGAUUAUCGGAAAGAAUGAUAACUUGCGGCCCUUGAAUUUGGCACUGUUUCAGGGAAAGAUAAAGCUUUCGAAAGCGGCCAACACCAUCGAACAAGAAGCUUCGGAUAACAAGUCGUCCGCAACGAUACCCAAUGAUCCGACACUGUUCUGCACCGCGUACAAAAAACAACGGUUCUAUCUGUACACCCGACGGCUGCCGUCCGAUUUGCAAGAUAUCGAUCGUGACGUGUUCAACGAAAAGCCUUCGAAGGAGGACAUCAUCUCCGUCACGGAAGGACAAGGCGUUCAAAAGAUCUACGACAAUGCCGUGCUACAUACCACGAUGGGUGACGUACAUCUGCGGCUCUUUGGCAAGGAGUGUCCGAAAACGGUGGAGAACUUUUGUGUUCACAGCAAGAACGGCUACUACAACGGUCAUCUGUUUCAUCGUGUCAUCAAGGGAUUUAUGAUACAAACCGGUGAUCCGACCGGUACCGGUACCGGUGGCCAGUCGAUCUGGGGUGGUGAGUUUAAGGAUGAGUUUUGCUCGACGCUCAAACACGACCGACCGUACACCGUGAGCAUGGCAAAUGCGGGUCCAAACACGAAUGGCAGUCAGUUCUUCAUCACCGUUUUACCAACGCCCUGGCUGGAUAACAAACAUACCGUGUUUGGCCGCGUGCACAAAGGCAUGGAGGUGGUCCAGAACAUUUGUAACGCAAAAACGAAUCCGAAAACCGAUAAACCUUACGACGAAAUUCGUAUCAUUUCCAUCAACCUAUCGUAAGUGGAUGCGAGGUACGUCACGUGUGAGCUUGGACCGGAAUCGAAAAGAGGUAACGAUCGUAGGCUUACUUUUUAUUCCUAAUGGUCUUAAGUUUUGGUAAAUAAAAGUCCUAAGUCUGGGAGGU